AUGCGCCUCGUAGAUCUUUCAGCCACCGGAAACAUUCGCCCAGAAGUCACUUUGCAGGGCGAUGGUCUUACGGUGGAUAAAACAGAGGCAUGGAACAUGUUGGACGAGAAGCUGGAGAAGCAGAUCGACGCACCGACGCCUAUGUCGACGGAGUGUCCAGAGGAGGAGUCCAUAUGCAUUGGGUUUGAUGAGGAUGAGAAUGCGGAUGGCUUCUGUUCGGUAGAGAGAGUCCCUACAGCCUCCUCAAUGGGGGUACCUCAACUGACAGACAGCGUGAAAAUAAGCUGCACAAGCAGCAUUCGCCGUCGCCGUCUGGAUCUGGAGCGUCGGAGUUUGGUUGCGGAUUACCUUGAGAAGUAUGACUUCCAAGGGGUCAACCUGCCCAGACCCGCACGGAGCAUGUCGUCCUUCCUCCGCAAAGAGACCAUUUUCCCGAUACACAGAGCUGCACAGCUGGGGCAUCAUCGCAUGGUUCGUGAGCUGAUCCGGCUGGGGGCCGACCCUGAAGUGAAGACUUCCCGUGGUCGGACACCGUACGACUUGGCCGCGCAAGCAAACAGAGACGGCUCGCACUCCAUGGUCCUUGAGCUGCUCUCUGGCCACUGGAACAUCAUGAGCUUUCGGGACCUCAGGGCGCAGUCAAGCAGCAGUGCACGGACUAGCUAG